AUGUUAGACGGAAAUGUUGUUCAGAUUUGGGACUCUAUCAGAUUUGCCAGUAAUGCACGUUGUAACGGGAAGCAAAAAACUUCUGGUGGCUGUAUUAUGUAUAAUGAGGAUCAUAUAGAACCCGAUCCAAGUGAAGAAUGGAAAGAAAUAGAGCUCGAUUCACGGAAAUUUAGAAUUUUAUCUCUCGAGAGAAUUCAGUUAACAAAUGGUGAAAUCACUCAAGCAUUAGCAUUUUGUCCCAAAGAAGAAGGAAAAGAAUAUGUAAAUCAUAUUGAUGGAAUUCCUAUCAACGAUAACGCAUCCAAUCUCGAAUGGUGUACACGGACCCUAUAA